GGGGCCAUUCGACUAUUACGGUCGCAAUUUUUUUUGUAUUUUUAAUCAAAACUAAUUUUAUAAACAGAUAAUAUUAUUAAUUCACCUGGUUAGUGUAGGCCCCUGAGCGAACUUUUACUUUUACUGAUUAAUUUAUUUCGUAGCUAGCGUCACAGAACAGCAGGCGUCGUUCCAUGGAGCACCUUCGUAGACUCACCAGGGAGCUCAGAGUUGUUAGGGCGUGUAGGGACGACGCGUUAGCGGAUCGGAAGGUGUUGAUGAUGCAGAGGGACGAGAUGAGAGAGAGGUGUCAAAGGCUGAGACAUCAUGUAGCCCAGACGCUCCGCGAUCGUUUGGACGCAUCCGAAAUUCCAAAUAUAGAUAUAGACAUUAAAGAAUCUCACACCGAUCUGGCCAAAGAGAAAAUCAAAGACAACGCAUCCAAUUGCGACAUAGUCAGAGACAAGAAUAUAUUCGAAUGCAGAAUAGACAAGUUGGUCCAGAAAAGCGUUAACCAUAUGUUUAAUAACAGUUACAGCAAGAAGAAGAUAUUUGCCAAAACUAUCUUUAUUGGGGACGAUAAGACAUUUCAAAGUCAGGAUGUAAUUACAAGGGAGGAUUCUUUGUUUGUUGUUCCAAAAGAGGAUGCGGUCGCAGAUGUAACGAGUGUGAGAGGGUUAAGUGAGAAUGGUGUACUGAAUUUGUCUAUAAAGAACGAAGGUAGAAGGAGUCAUGGUAGAAAGCAAUCUGCGCCUAGAAGAAUAGCGUACGUUGAUUAUAAUGAUUGCGUCUUGGACUUGAAGAUCAAGAAAGAACCACAGUGACGUGCGAAAUGAAGACUUAUUGAUGACCACUAAAGGCGUAAUUCGUUUGGCAACAAAAAUAUAAGUUCCAGCCGAAUCAGAGCCGAUGGGGGCGAACGAAACUGAUUUUCUUUGUUCUCAAAUUAAGGACAGGUUAUUGACAAUAUCUAUAUUUAAUAAUA